CCGAAACCAGCUCAUACCAGGAAACAAAAAGAAAUAUUCAAGGUGUCCACGUCGGAGACUGCUAAGGAAACAGGCAGUUUAGCUUGGUUAAUCAUUACCGAGACAGAAUUUACAGACGUUCACUGCUGAUCAUAUGACAGGACUACACCUGAGAUAAGAAAACACCCAUCCCAAGCGGCAGGAGUUGAGAAGCCUCCCCUGCUUACGUGUUCUGACUUCAUUAUUUUGCUGUGGAAGAAGAGGCUCCACGCUCCCUUGUUGUUCCCAGAGCUCAGCCCAGCGCAGCUGUUGUGUUUCUUUUCUGUUCUAAAGAGGAAGUGAGAAAUUCCCUGCACAUGUGCUCCGGCAUUUGGAUACUCAGGUUUCACUCCAGAUCCAGGAGCUGCCUGUAAUGAGCUCUCAGUGGGACUCAGAGAGGAGCUCCCAGCUGUGCCAAGAGUUGUUUCAUUCUGUGCCAAAAGAGGAGGAAGAGAAGAAAUCCUACAAAAAGCUAAAAUGUUGAUGCUGCAAAAAUUGAUCUAAGAGUAUUGCAACUGGGAAAAGCGAAAGAAAAGCAGACAUAGGGGAAGGCACAAGGAAACAGGAUGGGAAACUUUUGUCAGAAGCACUGCCCCUGUUUGGAGCCCUACCUCCCAUGUUUCUUCUCAGAGAGAGACGGUGAGCAGGAUGAGAAAGGUGGCCAAGUCUUCGCCAAUGUUGCUGUGGUAAAGCAUGACUUCCAAGCAGGACAGAAAGACAGAGAGAGUAAGAUAAAAGGAAAACCUUUACCUCCACUGCCUGGCCAGCAUCUGGUGAACAUUUGCAAAUUUGUGGCACUCUUUGACUAUGAGGCUCGCACUGAGGAGGACUUGAGCUUCCGAGCUGGGGAUAAGCUUGAAGUGCUUGAUGCGUCCCAUGAGGGCUGGUGGUAUGCGAAGCUCCUCCUGCCAGCAGGGUCAGUCCGUCCUGGCUGCAAGCUCCAAGGCUACAUCCCUGCCAACUACAUAGCUCCUGACCAGAGCAUCGAAGCUGAGCCAUGGUUUUUUGGCCCAAUCAAACGAGCAGAUGCCGAGAGACAACUGUCACAACCUGGAAACCAGGCAGGAGCCUUCCUAAUCCGAGAAAGCGAGAGCCUAAAAGGCGAAUACUCACUUUCAGUUUUUGAUGGUGUAUCUGUGAAGCACUACAGAAUCAGAAAGCUGGAUGAAGGAGGCUUUUUUCUAAGCAGAAGGAAAACUUUUAAAACUCUGAACGAGUUUGUUGACUAUUAUAGAAAAAACAGUGAUGGCCUCUGCGUGGUGCUCGGAAAGCCAUGCCUAAAGGUACAAAUUCCUGCUACUUUUGAUUUGUCCUAUAAAACUGUUGAUCAGUGGGAGAUAGACCGAGAAUCUCUGAAAUUCUUGAAAAAAUUAGGAUCUGGUCAGUUUGGUGAGGUAUGGGAAGGACUGUGGAAUAAUACCACCCCUGUGGCAAUCAAAACAUUAAAACCAGGUUCAAUGGAUCCAAAGGACUUUCUGAGGGAAGCACAACUAAUGAAGAACUUGCGGCAUCCAAAGCUUAUACAACUUUAUGCUGUCUGUACUUUGGAGGACCCAAUUUAUAUUAUUACUGAGCUCAUGAGAUAUGGAAGUCUUCUAGAAUACCUUCAAAAAGAUGCAGGCUCUCAAAUCUUCCUGCCACAUCAAAUUGACAUGGCUGCUCAGGUGGCUUCAGGGAUGGCUUACCUGGAAUCCCAGAACUAUAUUCACCGGGAUCUGGCAGCCAGGAACGUUCUUGUUGGUGAACACAGUGUUUACAAAGUGGCAGACUUUGGACUUGCAAGAGUUUUUAAGGUAGAAAAUGAAAAUGUAUAUGAAGCUAAGCCUGAAACAAAACUCCCAGUGAAAUGGACAGCUCCGGAGGCAAUCCGCUACAACAAAUUCAGCAUUAAGUCUGAUGUCUGGUCAUUUGGAAUACUGCUCUUUGAAAUAAUCACCUAUGGGAAAAUGCCUUAUGCUGGUAUGCCAGGUCACCAGGUGAUUCAGAUGCUGGACAAGGGGUACAGACUUCCCCAGCCGGACACCUGCCCGGCUCAGCUCUACCAGCUGAUGCUGCAGUGCUGGAGCGCGGAGGCAAGCGGGCGACCCACCUUCGAAGAUCUCUGUGGGCAGCUGGAGAGCUACUUCCAGACCGACUCCCCUUCCUAUGCCCAGCCCAUGGUGAUAUGAACCCCCGCAGGCAGGGGCUGAGGGACAGAUGGUAGCCAAGGUGGCUGAACUCAGCACAGCCUCAGACUUGGAAGUUGUUAUGGGAUGCUGCGAAAUUCUGGUACAAUUUCAUCCCUGUGCUGAUACUCAAAGACACUUGAAAUUUUUGCUGCUGGAAAGUGUUUUGCAAGUCUAACCAUCAGGAAGCUGGAGGGGUGGGAGCUUCUAAAAAAAAAAAAAGUCUCUUAUUUAUUUUUUAAAUAACAUUGCAAGAAUGAGCAAAUGAAAUGAGUGUUGCUCAAUAACCAUAGUAGCAUUUUGUCAUUUCUUUAUUGGAUUGAUUAUUUGCUAUUCCUCAGAUUUUUCUUUCUUACCAGGUUGUUCUCAUGAAGGAAUGUAAUGGCUCUGCACAGCAGGAUCUGUGCUUACAGAGUCCUUUCAUUGUAAAAAAAAAUGAAAAUAAUCUUGUGACUGUGAUGAUUGCAGAAUUCAGAUUAGUUGCCUUACUUAGACUUGAAGUACAUGUACUUUUGCUAUAUCAGAAAAUAAAACAGAUGUCCAUGGAAUAAAAGGAAUUAUUUUGUUUUGUGGAUGCAAAGAGUGAUCUAUUUUAAUUUGUCCACUGUUCCUCUUUUGCAAGAAUAAGCACAAUUAUUAUUAGAUCCUUGAAGCUGUUCUUAGUGUUGCUAAACAGUGCUACAGAACCAAUGAGUUCAUUGAAGUGUAAGGAUUUGUUUUAUAGUUAUUAAUUUUAGGAAUAUUGGAGGAGAAGAUACUUUAACAUGAACUCAGACUGCCUUAGCAUUUUAGAGUGACACCCUUUCCUAUCCUGCUGCCCAAAUCACAGACCCUCUGGAACAGGACAAUGCCCAGGGCAAGUCUAGGUAUUUUGCAGAGGAAUGAGCAAACCGUGCUUCUGUCUUCUCCAGAUGUAACUUCAGUGUAGGAGAUUUAAAUAAUAAAUGAUACAUUUUAUUUUGUUCCACGGGAAAUGGAACCCAGGCACUUCUGCUUGCAGCCUUUGUAGUUACAGAUUUAAGAUUUUUUUUUUUUUUUUCAGUUUUUCUAAUUAGCUAUGAUAUUGGUUCUGCUAAAAUCUGAGAUCACUGUGACAGUUUUAUGUUCUCAACUGUGAGGCUUAGAGUACAAAGUUUUAAUUAUUUACUUAUGAUUCAUCUGUUAAUUAUUUAACAACAUAAUCCAAGAAUUAAGAGCUGUACUGUGUUAACAUAGUGUGAGCUCAGUAUAACUGUGCUACCAUUUUCCUCUAAUAUCAGAAAAGGGUGUAAAUAAAUGAAAAGAUUCAUCACUUUAAA